UUAAGUUAAAAAUCCCUGUACGACGAAGAAUAAAUAUUUCUAUGUCGUUCUGGGUUUGAGGAAGAACAUUUUCUCCUUCCCCCAGCUUUUACUGAUAUUCAGUUUUCAAUUCUCGACGCUCUCACCUCCACUACAGCCAGUCGUCUCUCUCAGCCCUUUCGCACAUCUAUUUCGGCUAUCCCCUUCAGCCGUAACUCUUUCUCUUCGUCUGUCUCAUUCUCAGCCUCGGCAGUCAUCUCAGUCUUGCCUCCUUUUCAGCCGUUAAAGCUCCUUUCGCGGAUUGAAAAUUAGGAAUGAUUGAAAUCAGUGAAAUGCCCCUGAUAUUGAUCGUUUUGCCACACAGUUCAUUCUUAUAGAGUGCAGCAAAGUUCCUUCCAACAUAGGAAGAUGGGGGAGAGAUCUAAGAGCUUAGCAUUGGUGGGGGCGGGUGUUCUUCUUGGCUCAGCUUCUACCUUGUUUUUUCUCAGACUUAUUUCAAGAAAGUUGGCAAUUCAAACCAGCGAAAAUGCAAUUGAAUUGAAUUGUAAUUGGGUUCCUUUAGCAAAUACUAAAUGCCAUGCAGUUGGUGAGGCUCCUAGUUAUGGAAUGGCUGGUGCAGAGUCUGCAGACAUUCUAAGUGAUGACAUCGUGUCUGAACAUUUGACCAGGAAUAUUCAGUUUCUUGGUCUUGAGUCUCAACACAAAGUUACUGGAUCAUAUGUUGUGGUCAUUGGCCUUGGAGGAGUGGGAAGUCAUGCUGCAUCUAUGCUUUUGCGAUCUGGAGUUGGCAGGCUCCUCCUUGUAGAUUUUGACCAGGUAUCUCUUUCAUCAUUAAAUAGACAUGCCCUUGCAACAAGAUCAGAUGUUGGUACUCCAAAAGCCCAGUGUCUCAAAGAGCAUUUUUUGUCAAUCUUUCCUGAAUGCCAUAUAGAAGCCAAAGUCAUGCUGUAUGAUUCAACAUCUGAAGACGAAAUUCUUUCCAGCAACCCUGAUUUUGUUCUGGACUGCAUCGAUAACAUUGACACAAAGGUUGCACUUCUUGCAGCAUGUGUGCGUAGGGGUUUGAAGGUCUUAUCAGCAAUGGGAGCUGGUGCUAGAGCUGAUCCUACAAGAAUACGUGUGGCUGAUCUGAGAGAAUCAACAAACGAUCCAUUAUCUCGAGCUGUAAGACAUCGUUUGAAGAAAAAUUAUAGGAUUGAGGGUGGCAUUCCUGUUGUGUUUUCUUUAGAGAAGCCUAAGGCAAAGCUUCUUCCAUUCAAGAGACCAAGUGGAGAAGAAGAAAACCCAUCAGAUUAUCAGAUAGUACCAGGUUUUAGGGUUCGUAUCAUACCUGUACUGGGGACCAUCCCUGCUAUUUUUGGACAAGUGAUGGCCUCCUAUGUUGUCACACAGUUGGCAGGGUUGCAAAUUCAUACAGAACCUGUGGUAAGUUUGGAUUUGGAUCAUUAUAUAACCCUUCACCAACGUCUUAUUGAGCAUGAAGAGUCAUUAUAUGGCACUGCCAAGCUAGUCCAGGUAGAUGUUGAUGAAGUGAUGUAUGUCACAAAAGAAUUAUGGCACGGAAGGAGUGCAAGAGAACCACUUCCUAAAGAUGUGGGGCGUGGAAUGUGGCGCUCUGUCAAUGAGUUAAUGCUUGUGAGGUGGGAUAGAGGAAAACCUGCAUCUGUCUCCAAUUUAGUUCUUUUGAAAUUUAAAGAAGUGGAUGAACACGAAUCAAAGACUCUUGAUUACAUCAAAGAAAACGAGCCAGAGUUUUUCAAUAGAGUCUCAGCUGUGCUGAAGCAAGCCGAAGUAGACUUUGGUUUGCAACUUCAGUGAAUUGUAUUCGGUUUCUCUUUUGCUUCUAGUAUCAAUAGAUUACUGGUGCCAUAGACUCAUGUCUUUUUUUUUUUUUUGUCAUAAUUUAUUUUCCGUGUAUUCCAUUGUACCUAUUAUUCAUUUUCAGUAAUUUUUUUUCUCUUCGCUUAAAAUAUCAUAUAAUGCUUGUGUGGAAAAAAAUGAUUUUUUUCCUUAAUACAAUCAGGAGAGACCAUUUCUACCAAAUGAAGCGAAGGUUUUACCUC